AUAAUAAUAAAAUAAAACCAGUUUUAUUGAAAAAAAUAUGUAUGAGAAAGUUGUUACUCAAAUCUCUAAAAGUAUUUGAUUUAAAGAAUUUAAUUUUUUUUUUUUGAUAUAUUAGUCGAAUGAUAAUAACUUAAUUGAAGUAUUUCCAUUCUAUAAAAACGAACCUUCAAUCAUAAUUAAUAGGGUGUUCCCCAUAACAAGCAGGACUUGCAGGUUUGGACAAACACCGAGCAGCUGCUUCUCUCUUUGCUCUUUCUCUUUUGUUGGUCUUAGAUGACUUUGAGAUUGAGCCCUUUGCAUUCGUUAUAUUUUCUAAAACCCUAACACCUUAUCUGAAAUAGGUGGACUUUGAUCGUUUGAUUCAUCUUUCAACAUGGGUAAACCAAGCAAAAGACCGGGUUCUACUUCUUAAGCAGAUGCUAAAUUCAGAAAGAAACUCGAGUUUCGUGCCAAUUUUUAUCUGAUGAAAUUCGUGUCACAAGGUCGUUGCACCGUCAAGAGAAUUUUUGUGGUAGGCUGAUAUUUGUGGAUCGUAUGUUGGUGUUUACAAUGACAAGACAACACGUUAGCAAGCUCUUACAACUCUGUGCUGAUAAUAAAAACCUGAGAAUCAGCAAGGCAAUUCAUGCCCAUUGGGUAGUAACCAACCAUGUCGCCAACAAUGAUGAUGUAGUCAGAGCUAAUUAUUUGAUCCAUCUUUAUGCUAAAUGUGAUCAAAUAUCAGUUGCCCGCCAGUUGUUUGAUUCUAUGCAUAAGAGAAAUGUGGUUUCUUGGAGUUCUCUAAUGGCAGGGUAUUCGCAUUCUGGGUGUAAUCUGGAAGUUUUUAACUUGUUCAAAUAUAUGGUUUCUUUGGGCAAUGUGAAACCCAAUGAAUACAUUUUUGCUAUUGUUUUUGGUUCUUGUUCUGAUAGUAGGAAACUAAAAGAGGGUAGGCAAUGUCAUGGGUAUGUGUUGAAAUCUGCAUUGAUGUUUCAUGAGUAUGUAAGGAAUGCUCUAAUAAACAUGUACUCAAAAUGUUCUGAUGCAGAAGGGGCUAUGCAUAUUUUUAAUUCAGAAUCUGGUUAUGAUGUUUUUUCAUAUAACUCACUUUUGAGUGGACUCGUGCAGCAUGGUCAUUUGAGUGAGGGGAUUGAAGUUUUGAGAAGGAUGGUGGAUGAGGGUUUGAGUUGGGAUAGCGUCACCUGUGUAACUGUUUUAGGCCUUUGUGCUAGUCUUAGAGAUUUGAAACUGGGAUUGGAAAUUCAUGGCAAUAUGUUGAGAAAUGGUAUUGAAUUUGAUGUAUAUGUUAGUGGCGCAAUUGUUAAUAUGUAUGGGAAAUGUCAUAAUAUUCUAAAUGCAAGGAAUGUUUUUGAAAAGCUGCAAGUGCGAAAUGUAGUCUUGUGGACAGCAAUGAUGGCUAAUUACUUCCAACGUGGGUACUUUGAGGAUGCCUUGAAUCUGUUUACAAAAAUGGAAUUUGAAGAUAUUUUGCCCAAUGAGUUUACUUUUGCCAUUUUGCUAAAUUCUACUGCAGGACUAUCCAUGCUAAGACAUGGUGAAGCAAUACAUGCAUGUGCUGAGAAGUAUGGGUUUAAGGAUUACCUAAUUGUUGGAAAUGCCUUAAUUAAUAUGUAUUGCAAAAGUGGCAACAUUAAAGCAGCAAAGAGGGUGUUCUCUUACAUGGUAUAUCGAGACACCAUUACAUGGAAUGCAAUAAUAUGUGGGUAUUCACAUCAUGGGCUUGGCAAGGAAGCUCUGAUAACGUUUCAAGACAUGUUAACUGCAGCAGAAUGCCCUAAUCAUAUUACUUUUGUUGGGGUUCUAUCUGCUUGUAGCCAUCUGGGUCUAGUGGAAGAAGGGUUCUACUAUUUAAACCAGUUAAUGAAACAGUUUGCUAUUGAGCCUGGACUGGAGCAUUACACGUGCAUUGUUGGACUUCUGAGCAAAGCUGGUCGACUUGAUGAGGCUGAGAACUUUAUGAGAUCUCAACCAGUUAAAUGGGAUGUUGUUGCAUGGCGUGUUCUACUUAAUGCUUGUCUUGUCCACCGGAGUUAUGGGUUUGGAAAGCGGGUUGCAGACUUUGUCCUUAAUUUGGCGCCUUCUGAUGUGGGGACAUACAUACUAUUGUCUAAUAUAUAUGCUAGGACAAAGAGGUGGGAUGGUGUUUCGAAGAUACGGAAAUUGAUGCAGGAAAGGAACAUUAAGAAAGAACCUGGGGUUAGUUGGAUAGAGAUAAGAAACAUUACUCAUGUUUUUGUUUCAGAUGACGGUAAACACCCAGAAUCUAAUAAGAUUUAUGAGAAGGUCAAGGAAUUAUUGGCGAGGAUAAAGCCGUUAGGAUAUGUACCAGAUACUGCUGCUGUGUUACAUGAUGUGGAGGAUGAGCAGAAGGAAGACUAUCUCAGCUAUCACAGUGAAAAGAUGGCCAUAGCAUAUGGCCUCAUGAAAGCUCCUAUAGAAGCGCCUUUACAUGUAUUUAAGAACCUAAGGAUGUGUGAUGACUGCCACUCUGCAAUUAAACUUAUUUCAAAGGUCACUAACCGUGUGAUGAUUGUCAGAGACGCCAAUCGUUUCCAUCAUUUCCAGGAUGGACAAUGUUCUUGUGCUGAUUACUGGUGAUAACUUCAUGCCGUCAAUGGUAGCUGACUAGCAGAGAGACUUGCAAUAUUGUGAAAAGUAAAAAAGAUCAACAAUCAGUAUUCUUGGCGGCCGCUGCUUGUUUUGGCAAAAUCCAUAGAACUGGGUAGCAUGUAAGCAUCUUAAACAAGAUGCUACAUGAAGAGGACAAUAGUGUACCACGACUCGUUGCUCCUUCAUGAGCUGCUGGCUCUCCAUCUGUAGAUCACCUGAAUUUCUUGGUAUUCAGUUGGUUGGGGAGGUCGCUAGAGUCUAUGGCUUGGAAGGAAUUUACAUGAUUUUAGAAGUUGAUGUCAGACACUGAUGAUAUUUAUAUUUUGUUGUUUUGUCUGGUCGAGGCUAACAAACUAUCUUGAGAGGAUGGAAGUUAUUUGCUAUUUAGACACCCCCAAGACACCUUCUCGGAGAUAAUAAGCUGGAAAGUUCAGCAGAAAAAGAUCAGGUAGAUGAUGAUUCAAAUGUGAUACUUCAAGAUAUUCUCUUGACUGAAGAGAGGAUUUGAAGAAUCUUCAAUUGCCAAUUGGUGAAAUAGCAAAAAGAUUGGAGUUAUUAUGGUCCAGUCUACCCACAUUCAAAUUGGGUAACUAGGCACUUUACUAGAUUCACCCUCUUUUAUCGUUUUUCUUUUCCUGAUUCCAAUUUAGAUACAAAGUUCCUGAAUGGUGAUUCAGAUUUUGAUAGACGAAGAUGGUUUCUUAACUGAAGAGGACUCGGAGAAACCUCAAGCACCAAUCGGUACAACUGCAUAGUUUGAAGCUAUAAAGUUUCCCUACCAUUCAAAUUGGGUAAGAAGGGACUUCAAUACAACCCUCUUAUCUCUUAUCCCCCUCCGAAUACGUAUUUAAUUGCAAACUAACUAGAGUAUCCACGACUAUCCAACAUAUGGCAGACAGUUAAUGCUGGUCACUUAGAUAGAGGUAAUCCGAGUUCGAGUCUUGUGUAGGGCAAUUACGUUAAAAUUCAAAACAAGGAAGGUGCAGACGUAAAUGUCUUGGUAUCGUCGAUCUUUCUUUUUUCUUCUUUUCAGUAUGUAGGUUGUUGUUUUUCAUUAGGUUAAUUGUCAAUUUACCAGUGUGCUGUGGUUUGUAAAUGUUCAAUGAACAGUUCAGUUUCAAUGAAUAUGUUUUUCUGAUA